AUGUCGGUCGGUCGUAAAGUCUUUCUUUGGUUGAGGAAGUAUCUCAUGUUCUUUAUCGCUGGGUUUGAGGCGGUGAAUGUCGCGCUCAUGUUGGUAACACCUGCGGGCGGACCAAGUUUUGCGGCAACUGCGGGCUUGUCCACGCUCCACAACCCGUUUCCGUUUCUGCGGAACCUCGUCGCACCUCUCCCGUACAUGCGGAAACACUUUUGGCCUUGCUUGGUUGCUUCAGCGAAAACGAGGACUUUCUGGUUCUACUAUUUAGAGUACGUGGUAUUGUUGUUAGCGUUACCGUACUUUGUGGCGUUCAUCUUCAACCUGAAUGCACCCGAGUAUACCCCGCUCACCGUCUCUCUAUCUCGCAUUGGGUUGCUUUGGGUAUUUGGAGACUUUGACGUUGUAGGGAAGUUUAUGACGCACCUCAGUAGAGAUAUACUUUACCUGAACAGUGCUGUUGUGGUCGUCGUCGAGGUCCUCUACGUCUUGUUCUUCUGCGAGUCGUGCCACCUGCCGAUGGCGCCCUGUCGAGCGUCUUCCAAGGCGCGUGCAGGGAGCGGCACGGAAUCCCCCAGAGAGCCAGAGACAUCGAGUGCGAAUGUGUCGCUGGCGGCAGGUCAUGCCAAGGCUGCAUGA